AUGGCCCCAACGAAGAGCAAGAAGAAGGCUGCCUCCAAGGCUGGUCGGCGUCCUGUACCCGGUCGCUGCAUCAACUGCGGGUGCUCACACCUCGAGACCACGCAGUGGCGUUACGACGAGUCUGGCGACUACGGGCGAGGUCGGAAGAGGAUGUGCUCGGCCUGCGGGCUAUACCGGAAAAACAACGGCAAGCAGCGAAGGGUCACCGGCGGAAGCUCGGGUUCGCCGUCCGACGCUGAGUACCCCGAGCAGUCCUCCUCGGACUCAGCCACCUCCCCACCUUCCUCCUCUUCGCGGGCAUCCGCUUCCUCCCAAGGCUACGGCGCUCCAGUCUUCGUCUCCUCCCCCGAGUCAUACGACUCCCCUUUACCCUCCUCCGACCUGGACGAACGCGUCCUUCUUCGGUUCAAGCUCACCUUGGGCUCCUCGGCUUCUCUCGACGAUAUAUGCCCCGAGCGGGCCGCUCUUUCUCCUCACUUUGAGGAGCAGUCUAUCGUCCUCCAGAGCGAUGCGGAGCGGUGGGAGGCGGCAUUGGACGUAGAGGAGGAUGGGGAGGACGAGGCGAGACGGGCCGCAGAGGCUCUACUCGAGAUCGCUGGUCGAGGGGAAAGCGAGGCGCCUCUCUCGCCCUUCGUCGCUGCUCCCGCCGUACCCGAGGCCCCCGUCCCCGCCAAAUGGGGUAAAUGGUUCCGCCUCAUUGACACGCGGCCGAGCCACCUCUUCAACCGGCCUCAGCGACCGCCGACCGCCUUGCUCCCCCCGUCCGUGCAGAGGUAUGCCAUCGCCUCCGCGAUCUCGCGGAGCAAUGGCACGACUCUCCCGCCAAUCCGCGCGGGUACGAGCACCACCAUUUGGCUCCCUCCCAUCCGAGACCUCCGUCUCUCCUGA